AUGUCCUACUACAACCAACCAUACGGACAGCCCGGCGGCGCAUCCUCCUCUAACCUUCAAUUCUUCCCGUCCUCUUACACCAAUGUCUCUGGCCACACCACACCCUCCCAAGCGUCCUACGGCGGCUAUGGUGCAGGUAACGCCGCGUCCGCAUAUCCUGGCUACGGCGCUGGCUCGGCGUCCGGCGGGUUUGGAGUCGGGGGCCCAUCGCCGGGGAUGCCAGGAGUUAGUGGUCGCAUGGGGGAUUCGGGAGGUCUGAGAACGGGCUGGCUGGCUGCGUUCGGCACCGAAGGGUAUGAAGGCGAACCCGGAUUGAUGGAGGAGUUGGGAUUCAAUUUUUCACAUAUUAAGACGAAGACACUCACCGUCCUGAACCCUUGGACACGACCCUCGCCACAUAUCAUGGACGACAGCGACUUAUACGGCGGCCUUUUGUUUCUGGUUCUGUACGGGACCUUCCUGGCCCUGUCCGGCAAGUUUUUCUACGGCUAUAUCUACGGCAUUGCGCUGUUCGGGUCUAUCGCCCUGCACUGGAUGUUCGCACUCAUGACACCACCCUUGGAUCCGAACGAUUCGGACCAGAUGGCACAGGCGCAACGAGAUCAUCAUGCUGGGCACGGCGGCUCCUCUGGGGGCCAUUUCUCAAGCACAUUGACGUACUCGCGUAGCGCAAGCGUCCUGGGGUACUGUUUCCUGCCGCUGGUUUUUACGGCGCUGUUUGGCGUCUUGCUGCCCAUGGACUCCGCGAUAGGGUACGUUUUGACUGCCGCGGCCGUCGGGUGGUGCACGUAUAGUAGCUCGGGUAUGUUUGUUAGCGUGGGCCGCAUGAAGGGGAUGCGUGGCUUGGUCGCGUAUCCUCUAGCUUUGUUCUAUUUGGGUUUUGGUAUCAUGGGUAUCUUCUCGUCAAGAGGGAGCGGGCCACUGCAGGGUAAAGUGAUGUGA